GUCAUCCUCUGGCCACGCGGCUACUCGGUCACAAGGGACAUCGAACGACUGGGGUCCUGGGCGAGGAGCAUGGACGCUUCGCGCGCGGGAGGCGCCGCUUGUCACCUAGAGGGAGGCGUCCUUCUCCCGCCCUCUCGGGUCUGAGGCCCGCGGGAGGAUGGGAGGGCGGCUGCCGAACCGGAACCGCCUGCCAGUCACCUGACCGAAGCCUAAAGGCCCCUGUGACUUAGAUCCUAACACAGAGAUGGAGAUAUCAAGCUCAUCUUCUACCAUCUCUGAGCAGCAGCUUUGGAGGCAAGAGGGACAGAGCAACACCAACACAGACGUGGCCAAGCAGAGUCUCAUCUCAUCCAAGGAAUGGCUCCAACUACAUGGGCUAAAGAGCAACAAAUUGAACUUGAAACAGAUUUUGUCACAAAUUGGAUUUCCACACUGUGAAGCUUAUGUGACUUCUCUGGGGAGAUUUGUGGCUUCCCGGUAUGCCGACGGACUAUUCCCACGGGUCUACAGAGCGGAGGAUGGCACAGCAUACAAUCUGACAGCUAAAUCAGAACUGAUUUGUCAGUUUGCGGAACAUUUAAAACAAGCAGCAGAGAGCUAUGAGCAGCGGAUAAACUGGCUCACCAGCGGAAGCCGGCAGGUGUUUGGUGUCAUCCUGGAACAGUGCAUCACCAUAGUGCUGGAUUGGGGUGACAUGCGGGAGGAGGAGCUCAGUCUGUGCCAAGACGCUCUGACAAUGGUCCUCGAGGAGCAGGUGGCUCUCAUAGCCAAGUUCAACAUCAUACGGGCUUCCCGAGAGCCUGUGAAAUGGCAGGAGAACGCUGCUCCUGCGAUGGAACAAUCCAUAGCUGCCGCCAUCAGCUGGGUGGAGAAACUGACCUUGGAGCAGGCUCUGAGCCAGGCUAGCCGCCUGGACGCUCUGCAGGAAGCGGGGAGAGACAGAACUAUUGAAUCCGUGUACUACUUUGUGGUGGGGGACAUUCCUGAGGAGUCCAAGCAGCUGCUCCUGCAGAGGGUGUUGGAGAUGCCAUGUCCUGUCUGCACCGUGUCCUUCAACGCCAGGGGAGAAGGCACCGUGGCUUUCCUAAAGGACCUGAGCGCCAAGGCCCACGGCAGGUUCCAUGCGUUUGCAGAGAGAACAGAGUGUGCGGGAUUCCCUGCAUCCUCCCUAAAGGAUGGGGACAGUGUAGUGACCAGGAAUUCAAGGAAACUGAAAGGAAAACCCGCUCCAGGAGCCGGGGUUCGAGAGGACGUGUUUCUCAUUUGGAGGGAGAUGGAGGAAGCCUACAGCACGCUGGCCCAGAUCCAGAGGCUGGUGGCCGAGCCCUCCAAGUCUGACAUGGCCUCAACGGAGAGCGAGUCAGGAACAACCUCUGUUGAAAGUGAACCAAAUCCAGAAGACAUGUGGGACUCUAAGAAGUGGCUGCAGAAAUAUGGCUUAAAAGCCCAAAAGCUGUCAUUUUAUGAUGUACUUGCUGACUGUUCCUUCCGCCAUGCUGAUGGAGUCGUUGAUAUAAAAGCCAAACCCGAGAACGAGUCCAUACAGACCAGCGCGGAGACCAACAGGAAGACAGUCCAUGCGAAAUACUGUAGCAGAUUUGUCCACGUGCCCUGGAAGGACGGGAGCUUGGUCCACGUCUGCGUUACCAAGGAGAAGUGCACGUGGUACACCGAGAGAAUCCAUGCGGUCCUGGCCCAGAUCCGGCGCAGGAUUGAAUGGCUACAGGCUGGGAGUCGAAUCCUCUUUGGGAAAGUGUAUAAGGACUGCGUCUACAUCCUCAUUGAUACGUCUCACUCAAUGAAGGACAAACUGGACUUGGUGAAGGACAAGAUCAUCCAGUUUAUGCAGGAACAGCUGAAAUUUAAAAGGAAGUUCAAUUUUGUGCAGUUUGAUGCUCACGCAGUUGCUUGGCAGGAAAGACUUGUUGACAUCAAUGAAGAUAACUUGCAAGGGGCUCGGUCCUGGGUUAGAGACAUGAAGGUCGGGAGUUCCACAAACACUCUGCAUGCCCUGCAGAUUGCUUUUGCUGAUAAAGAAACACAAGCAAUCUACCUUUUGACAGACGGGAGACCUGACCAGCCACCGGAAAUGGUUAUAGACGAAGUCAAACUUUUUCAGAAAAUUCCUAUUUACACCAUUUCCUUCAAUUACAAUGACAAGAUGGCGAAUGACUUUCUGAAAGAACUUGCUUCUUUAACUGGAGGAGAGUUCCAUUCCUACCAAUUGGGCUCCAAAGAUGCCUGUUCUCUGGAGGCUGAGCAGAAUGAAGAUCUCACUCUUUUAAUUAAGGAAAUGGAACAGGGACGCAGUGAUUUGGAGAAGAUGCAAAACCUGUAUUCCGAGUCCUUGAUCAUGGACUGGUGGUACAACGGCGAAAAGGAAGGCGACAAGGGCUGGAAGGGGCGGCAGGUUCCAGAGCACCAGUGUGACCUCUUAUCCGCCAUUUCCCUGUCCACAGAGCUGAGCAUCGUGCUGACAAACGAGUAUCUGAACGACAUAUCAUUAGAAAGACCGACUCCAGAAGGAAGCCACACUUAUGACCAAGAUUUUUCAGGUUUGUCUUCAGAAAACUGGCUAAAGACCCACGGCUUGGUUGCCAGGAAACUCACCAUCAUGGACGCCUUGUCGGCGACAGCCGUCCCGCACAGCCCCACCUACAUUCCCAUCCUGGGCAAGCACGUGACUUCCAAGGUCUUUGAUGAGGUGUUCCCUCUGGCACACGUGUGCAAUGACACAAACAAGAUGACAUUAAUUAACCCCCAAGGAGUCAAGCUCAACGUCUACAAGCAAAAGGUGGAGCAGGCAAUUAAGUCCUACGAAAAGCGCUUGAAUAAAAUUGUCUGGCGAGCAUUAUCUCAAGAGGAAAAAGAAAAGCUGGAUGCAAACAAACCAAUGCGAUACUUGGAAAACAAGGCAGCUUUAAAUGAGGCGUUGGAACGGCUGAAUUGGCCCAUUUCACUGAAAGAGCUGUCGAUGCUGGAGAAUGAAAUCCUAGCUGGGAAGAUGUACAUCCAGCAGGCCAUGGAGCUGCAGGAGGCCGCCAUGAAGGAGGACACUGUGAGCAAGGCACCUGCAGAGCCCCAGAAAUUUCAAGGAAAUUCAACAAAGAAAAUCAAAUCCAAAAAAUUGCAUCACCUCAAAGGCCAGAGGGUUAUUGCAAGAUGUGACGCAAAUGGCUUUUAUUUCCCAGGGGUCGUGAAGAAGUGCAUAAACCCCACCCAUGCACUGGUGAACUUCAGGUACGGAGACACCAAGGUGGUGCCUACCUCCUUCAUCACGCCUGUGGGGGGCGCCAUGCCCUGCCCGCUGCUCCAGGUCGGAGAUUAUGUAUUUGCCAAGAUUGUGACACCCAAUGGAUUUGACUUCUAUGUCCCUGCCAUUGUCAUAGCACUUCCGAAUCAGGAUGUGGCCGAGGAUAAACUCUACACGGUUUUGAAGUGUAACAACCGGAGAGAAUUUUGCCCACGAAAUGCACUUAUAAAGAUCAGCCAGAACAAGUAUGCUCUCUCUUGCUCUCAUAUAAAGUCACCCCCAAUUCAGGAGGAUCCCAAAGUGGAAGAUGUGGGCAUGAAGAACUCAAGUUUACUUACAUGGCCAGUCAGAGAAGCUGGCACCACCAACCUCCGGGAGCUGAGACAGGAGAACCUUAGAAGAAAGAAAAAGAAACCCGCCAAGAGGCUGCCCCUGCAGGAGGCGGUGUGCUCGGAUUCAGACGACCCUUCCCAUGGCUACAGAGCCUUCCACAGCAACAAAGGGCUGAGGAUUGCCACCAGGAGACCUUAAAGCAGUAUAGUAGCAGCUUUGGUUAAGAGAGCCAGCGUUCCUCCGGGGCCGCCCAGACCUCAGCCCUGACACUGUGGACCUAGCCCCUCUGCUGAG